UCGGCCUCGGCGCAGCCUCCCGCAGACCACCGUGACCGCUGCCCGCGUGCAUACAAACCGACCGCGACCCAACCCUCGACGAGCCCUCCAGACGGUCGCCGCCAGCAUGUCCAGCGAGCACAGCUUCAUGGCGACCUCCGCGCCGCCGCCGCAACCGCCGCCGCUGGCAGCGCAGCCCAGCAAUGGCCCCGUGCCCACUCCUGCCUCGGCCUCGCAGACGCCCGGCCAUCCGUCCUUCAGACGCCAGCGCGCAAGCAGAGCGUGCGAAACUUGCCAUGCCCGCAAAGUGCGAUGCGAUGCCGCGAGCCUCGGUGUGCCCUGCACCAAUUGCACUGCCUUCUCCAUCGAGUGCCGCAUCCCCGCCCCCAAGCGCAAGAAGACGCAGUCAGGAAAGGGAAGGGAGUCAGAGAGCGAACGAGGCGACAAUGACGACCGCUCGCCGGCCCCCAGCAGCACCACGGCCGGCGAGCCACCGCGAGACAAGACCACCGUAUACAACUCGCCGGACGGCACGCCCUCUACGACCGUCUCGAGCGCCUAUGCAGCCCAGCAAGCCACCCACAAUGGGACCUAUGUGCAGUUCAUGAAGCCCAAGUUCGCGAGAGCCCCGAUCAAGGAAGCCGGCCGCGUCGCAUACCUCGGCGAGUCUUCCAACCUCUCCCUGCUGGUUCACGACCGCUACGGCACGACCGACACAGUGCACUACCCCCUGCCCGAGAACGUGCGGGGCGCCAAAGCCCGCGUCAACGAGCUGGACAACAUGGAGAUCGAGAUCUUGCACCAGCGCGGCGCAUUCCUCCUCCCUCCGCGAGCACUAUGUGACGAACUGGUAGAGGCCUACUUCAGGUGGGUAGCGCCUGUGGUGCCCGUGAUCAACAAGAGCCGAUUCAUGCGCCAGUACCGCGACCCAAAGAAUCCUCCUUCUUUGCUCCUGCUACAGGCUGUGCUAUUGGCUGGAUCAAGGGUCUGCACAAAUCCGCAAUUAAUGGACUCCAGCGGAUCUACUACCCCUGCAGCCAUGACCUUCUACAAGCGCGCAAAGGCCUUGUACGAUGCGAACUACGAGGAUGAUCGAGUGACCAUCGUUCAGUCCGUCAUCCUGAUGGGCUGGUACUGGGAAGGGCCUGAGGAUGUGACCAAGAACGUGUUCUAUUGGACAAGAGUCGGCAUUGUCGUAGCUCAAGGCUCAGGCAUGCAUCGAAGCGUGGAGGGCUCGCAGCUCAGCAGAUCCGACAAGCGCCUAUGGAAGCGAAUAUGGUGGACCCUAUUUUCACGAGACCGAUCAGUGGCUGUUGCUCUCGGUAGGCCCGUUGCUAUCAACCCCGAAGAUUCCGACGUCGAAAUGAUCCAGGAAGACGACUUCAUCGAGGACGAACUAGACCGGCAAGCGGAGUACCCGCCUGAGUCUGUCCAUGUCCAUUUCUUCAUCAAUUACGUCAAACUAUGCGAGAUCAUGGGCCUAGUGCUGUCGCAGCAAUAUUCUGUAGCUUCGAAGUAUAGGCGGACGAAUGCUAUCGACCUCACCCACAGCGACAUGGCGCUCGCGGACUGGUUGCAGAACUGUCCACCGGACGUCCAGUGGGAUAAAUCUCGCCAUCACUUCUGGGCGGCGCUCUUGCAUUCGAAUUACUACACGACGCUUUGCUUACUGCACCGCGCACAUAUGCCACCCGCUGGCUCGCCUAAGGCGAACGCUACGAACGGCUUCGAGGAGCAUGCCUAUCCUUCGCGGACGAUCGCGUACCAGGCAGCUGCGAUGAUUACGUCCAUAAUUGAGAACCUCCGAGCACACGGUGAACUACGAUACACGCCUGCAUUCAUCGUGUACAGCUUGUUCUCAGCGCUCAUCAUGCACGUCUACCAGAUGCGGUCAUCAAACAAGUCAAUCGUGGUGGCAACAGAACAACGAUUGCAAAUAUGCAUGGACGCACUCAAAGAAGUUUCUAAAGUCUGGUUGGUAGCGAAGAUGGUUCACACCUUGUUUGAAUCCAUCCUCGGAAACAAGCAUCUUGAAGAACGCCUCCAGAAAGCCGCCGGGAAACGUCAUCAGAAGAACAAGCCUUCUGCACCGGCUCAACCACAACCACCGCCGAAACCUCCCCAGGACGCGCCGAAACGGAAGUUUGAUGACAUGGACUUAGGUUUCCCGAACGUCAACGGUCCACCGGCUCCUCAGGUCUCGUACGAACGGUCGCGACCACAGACGCCAGCGGUGACGCCUUCCAGAGAGCUGCCUCAGCAGCAACAGCAGCCAAUGCCGCAAAUGACGCAUGGCUCGCCUCAGAUGACGCGACAGAACAACGAUGCUUUCAUGGGGCCGUCGCGCUCUGGUACACGUCCGACCACUCCGUUCAACCCAUCAUACUCCUAUCCAGGCACGCCUCCCGAGCUCUUCCUGGUCACACGUAAUUCGCCCAAUAUCUCGCAGGAGCUGUGGCAGAACUUCCAACCGGACCAGUUAUUUCCUGCUGAAUCGCAUCUCAGUAUACCGCAGAUAUCGCCGGUGCAGCACCAUACCCUCGUUGACCCUGCGCUCUCCCGACCACAGUCAAUGGCGAUGCACCCAGCACACACGGAUAUGGGUGCCCAGGCAGUCCCACAGCAGCAGAUGCCGAUGGGUGGUUUCGACCAGAACAACCCGCAAGCAUGGACACAGCACAUGGACAUGAUGGCGCACAACCAGCAGAAUGCGGCGACGGAUGAUGCUUGGAGUAACAGCAGUAAUGGUCGGCAUAAUCCUAUCGUGCCCACGACACUAAAUGUGGAAGACUGGUUCCAUUUCUUCGGUAUCAACGGCGAAGGCGCAGACGCUUUUCAUUCCGGGCUUUUUCACACCGGCCCAGCAUGAGUUUCUUCAGUAGUGAUGAUUUCUGCACGGCUACUGUGUAGUUGUUUAUACGUCAUGCGCAUCUCGGCUGGAGCGCUAAGCGUGGCAAGGCGUUCAAAGUGGUUCUGGCAAGGGAUGAAAGGUUCUCCGGAUACCAGAUUCUAUGUGGAAUCGAUUUGUCUCUAAUCCGUCUGGUUUGUCAGAUGCAAGCAAAAGUACAGUCGCUAAGUACAGUUACUCU